GAUCACAGGAAGAGGCGGGGAGUCAGCCCUGCAGAGCCCUGGUGCCAUCCUGCUGCUCCUGGUGGGGUCCUGAUGGCUUUUGUAACCCAGUCUCAGAUCCAGAAGUUCCAUGAGGAUGGUUUCCUUGUCCUGGAGCAUUUUUUCACCCCAGAGGAGUGUGACAGCAUGAGGAGUCAGAUCCAGAGAAUCGUAGCUGAGAUGGAGGUGCCCCCACACUGCCGCACCCAGUUCUCCACCAAGGAAGAGGAGCAGCUCCAGGCACAGGGUAGCUCGGAUUAUUUCCUCACCAGUGGAGACAAGAUUAGAUUCUUCUUUGAGAAAGGUGUUUUGGAUGAGAAAGGUAACUUUCUCAUUCCAAAGGAGAAAUCCAUCAGCAAGAUUGGCCAUGCUCUACAUGCUUAUGAUCCUGUCUUCAAGAAAAUCACCCACUCCUCCAAGGUGCAGGAAUUGGGACGAAAACUGGGCCUUGAGAGACCAGUAGUUGUGCAGAGCAUGUAUAUCUUCAAGCAACCUGGCAUUGGUGGUGAAGUGACCCCACACCAGGAUGCCACCUUCCUGCACACUGAGCCCCUGGGCAGGAUCCUGGGGUUCUGGAUUGCCCUGGAGGAUGCCACACAGGAGAAUGGUUGCUUGUGGUUCAUCCCUGGCUCUCACACCAGUGGGAUUACCAGGAGAAUGGUCCGUGCAGCUUCAGGUGCCUCAACCUGUGUGGAGUUUGUAGGGUCAGAGCCAGCCUAUGAGGACAGCCAGUUCACACCUCUGCCUAUAAGUAAAGGGGGGCUCAUUCUCAUCCAUGGUGAAGUUGUCCACAAGAGUGAACUCAACAGCUCAGAAUCUUCUCGUCAUGCAUUCACCUUCCAUGUGAUGGAAGCCAAAGGCACCAGUUGGAGCAAAGAGAACUGGCUCCAACCAACCCCUGAGCUGCCUUUUCCACCACUCUACACUUGAAGCUGGUGAUUGGCUUCUGGAGUCAAUAGCUGAUCCAUAUUCCUUUCUGAUCAUUUGUUCAUAGUUCCUUUAAAUAUAACUCAGCAGAUCAGCUUUCAAGAUUAAUUUAUCCUCUGUCCAGAAUCAGGACCCUCAACACAGCUGAAUACACCUGUGUUAGACUGAAGCCUCUACUGCAGCCUGAGCCCUACUUGUAGGAGAAUAGUUGUCCAGUUCUUUUGGUAAGGAAACUUCUUCAGUCUUGAGAAGAGACCAUUUAAAACCACUGCAUCUUGACUGGGACCAGUUGAGAAUUAUUUCUUCUUUCAGAUACUCAGUAUUUUCUUCUGUUUAAGUCAAGAGCUUAUCUAGUGCACUUCUUGGCUCUGUUGAUCCCAGCAAUGGAGGUGAAUAUGUCCUGUGUUUUACCCUUAGGUCUC